AUGCAACCCGUCCUUAGUCCAUCCAGGGUCCUCAGUCCUCAGUUUUCCUUUGCUUCGCACCGCCUCACAUCUCCAACCAUGGGUCGGGAAUGUGCAACUUGUGGCCGCAACCUCCCCCAAUCAUCCUACACAGCCAACCAGUACGCCAAGGGUCCUGGUGUAUCGCGAUGCACGCAAUGCGUCCACGGCCACUACUCCGACACCCCGUCUGCAAGGCAGUCUGACGCCGGCAGAUUCAACAACUCCACCUCGGCUUUCAUCCCAGUCACGGCACUAGAGGAGCCGUUUGCGCAGGGCGCUUUUCGCUGGGUGGCCAAAGGGACGUACAGUGCAGGGCCUCGCAAGGGACAGGCAUGUGUUGUCAAGUGGUUCAAGAGUGGUGCCGUCUUCUCGAAGGAUUAUUUCGAUCUCGACGUCAAGGCUGUCGACAAGGCCUUGGAGUUUGUCAACGCGUUCAAUCAGCUAGGCAUCAUCAACAAAAUCGUCAAAAUCAAUAUACCUGAAGUGUGGCAAUUCAACGAUGAUAUUUACAGCGAGCGGUCAGGCCAGAAAGUUCUAUGCGAGCCAUUUAUCCAAAACUACCAAAAGUUCAACAGCAAUAGCGGAUGGCGCGAUGAGACCAGGGUAUGGGGAGAAGUCAUGCAGGCCCUGAGUCACUUGAGCUACCAUCUGUCGGGUGGUUAUUUCGUUCUGUGCGACCUCCAAGGCGGCAUCUACCAGCAUGAGAUAGUCCUCUCUGAUCCUGUUAUCCUGUCUCGGGAUCGUCAAUACGGCGUGACAGAUCUUGGCCCUGACGGUAUCAGCUCGUUUUUCGCUCAGCACGUCUGCAACAACUUCUGUCGCCCGCACUGGACGCGGCCUGCUAACCCGCAGCAACACUUCCGCCCGAUCCCAGGCACCAGUAUGAUGCGACGAUCGGUGCCGACCGAACUUUCAAGGCCCUUCGCAACAAGGUUCCUCGUCGGGUAG